CCUCCUCCCUCCCUCCCCGCCGGGGCGGGGAAGGACCGUGCCCGGGUCUCCCCCGCUCGCCGCCAGCCGAGCUGGGGGGCCGCGGGGCUUUAACCGUGUGCGGGGCGGAUUCGCCACUUUUUCCGGGGGAGGCCCGCGGUUAAAAGUUUUCUGCGGAGGUCACUAUCACAUGACAAAGGGUUUGAGACAGCUUCAUCUUCGUCUGUCUGUAAUUUCCAUUUGCCUUCCUGGAACCAGUGUUCCCCACCUCCAUUUUGCAGAUGGCAGAAUAGACUCAGGGAUGUUCAGGUCACAGUAAUGAAAGGCAGUAGUAGGAAUAAGGAUCACUCAACAGAAGGUGAAGGAACUGGGAAGCGACCGAAAAGGAAGUGUCUUCAGUGGCAUCCCCUGCUUGCCAAGAAACUCCUUGACUUCUCUGAAGAGGAAGAAGAGGAAGAAGAGGAGGAAGAUAUUGAUAAGGUGCCGCUCCUUGGCCCUGAUGGUUUAGAGCAGGAUGCUGAUGAGACUGAAGAUGACGAGUCCUCAGAGCAACGAGCUCGCCGACCAAUGAAUGCAUUUCUUUUGUUCUGCAAACGCCACCGCUCUCUUGUGCGGAAAGAACACCCUCGCCUCGAUAAUCGUGGCGCAACCAAGAUCUUGGCAGAUUGGUGGUCUGUUCUAGAUCCAAAAGAAAAACAGAAAUACACUGACAUGGCCAAGGAGUACAAGGAUGCAUUUAUGAAAGCAAACCCAGGGUACAAGUGGUGCCCCACAACCAACAAACCUGUGAAAACCCAGGCAUCCAGUGUUACAAACAGGAAAAAGCUAUGGGCCAUUGCAUCAGACUCUGCAAAAGACUUACCAAGCCCAAGGAAAGUAACCAAAAGUGAAGAAAUGCCACAACUUAACUUUGGGAUGGCAGAUCCUACACAAAUGGGAGGCCUGAGUAUGCUGCUUCUAGCUGGGGAACAUGCACUUACUGCACAAGAGGUUUCCUCCAGUACUUGCCAGUCUGAUGCAGCUAAUUCUACAGAAGCCUGUCAGAAGUCGUCAUUGUUUCAGUUCGCAGAGAUCUCUUCAAACACAUCACAGCCUGGAGUCCUGGGGGCAGUAAAACAAACGGAGGAGUCUGCAUUGUUUCAGUUUGCUGAGAUCUCAUCAAAUACUUCCCAGUUGCCAAGUCCUGAGCCAGUAAAGCACUGUGGGAAGUCGGCACUCUUCCAGUUGGCAGAGAUUUCUUCGAGUACAUCCCGUUCAGGGCCUUCCGAUUUAACGAAACAGUGUGGAACAUCAGCAUUAUUUCAGCUGGCAGAGAUGUGCCUUGCUUCAGAAGGAGUAAAAGUGAAAGAACCUGGGAAAACAAAAGUGGAAACACUGGAAGAUGAGGGAGGGGAAGUUUCAGAGGACAUGGAAGUAGAACUGGAGAAAACAACAGUGAAGGACUCCAGUAAAGGAAAAGUAGAACAAUCAGAGAUAGAGAAAAUGCAAAACCUGGAUGAAACAAAAGCUGAGGAAUCAGAAACUGCAAAAUGCAGAGAUUUUACUAGUCUUGCAAUGGAAAACAGUCCUUUUGAGAGAAAGGAUAACACAAAGGAUCACAUGUGCCGUUCUCCAGAGCUUUUCAUGGGUGACAUGACUAUCCUUGGGCUAAAGCCGGAAAAGAUAAAGAAGAAAAAGAAAAAAAAUAAGUUGGACCGGCACACAAAUGAAAAAUCCACCCCCAAGAAAUCUUGUAAAAAGAGGCAGUCCUCUGAGUCGGACAUUGAAAGUGUAAUGUACACAAUUGAAGCUGUGGCCAAGGGGGACUGGGGUGCUGAGAGACUCGCGGAUACUCCCCGCAAAAAAAACCGCCCUGUCUCAAAUGUGAAGGGAAGCGUGUUGGAUACAAAAUCACCAAAGAAAAAAGUGAAAUCGAAAGAGAAGAAGACAUCAAAGGAGAAACUGAUGGAGACCACCAAAGAAUCAAAGCCUCCCGAUUUCCUUAGUAUUGGAGCCAGGAAGGAAGUUCCAUGUGAGACUUCUGAUAACGUUAAAGUGGAACCACUGACCCCAACAGAGGAGGUGGUACCCCAAAGCUUACCAGAACAGGUCAAAACUGAGGACAGUGACUGUGUAAAAAAGAUAGAAACCUGUGGCUCCAGGAAAUCAGAGAGAUCUUGCAAAGGUGCUCUUUAUAAAACUCUGGUGUCAGAGGGCAUGCUCACAUCUCUGCGCGCUAACGUGGACAGAGGAAAAAGAAGCUCAGGAAAAGGCAAUUCCUCAGAUCAUGAAGGAUGCUGGAAUGAAGAAAUCUGGGCCUUUUCCACAAGUGGGAACAAAAAACUGAAAAAGACUAAGCCAAAGGAAGAGUUUGUUUUUGGCUUAGCAAAAUUGGAAGAAGAAUUUGCAAAGAAAUUCAACAGCCUCCCUCAAUACAGUCCUAUUACCUUUGACAGGAAAAAUUCAGCUGUUUCGAGGAAAAAGCGAAAGGUUGGAAGCGGCUCAUGUGAACUACCAAAAUCCAACAAAGGUUCAUUCCAGUCUCAGAAAAAGAACUUGUUCCACAAAAUUGUCAGCAAAUUUAAGCACAGAAAGAAGCUUAAUGUUCCGGACACAGCCAUACUAUUAGAAGACAGAAAUUCCAGUGAGUCUGCCUGGAAGAAUAAAAUUUCUAUAUCUGCCCUAAACACUCCAGAGCCAGCAAUGAUGCAUGAGCCUUUAGUUGGCAGCCAGAAAAGGAAAGCAAGGAAAACGAAGAUCACACAUCUUGUCCGAACAGCAGAUGGGAGAGUUUCACCAGCAGCAGGAACACUGGAGGAGAAGCCGAAAGAGCUGCCACAAAGUACUCUUCAAAAAUCAUCAAGUGCAGAAACAGAUUGCAACAGCAAAUGCUCCAGAAACACAGAGACAGAAGAAAACCAUAGUAUUACGUCAGAUAUGCCAGCGGUGUCUGCAUUUUUUAGCUUAGCUGCUCUGGCAGAAGUAGCAGCCAUGGAAAAUGUACACAGAAGUCAGAGGGCCACACCUCUCCCACAUGAUGGACAGCCAAAUGAAAUGUCUCAGGCUCCAGUGCUUAUUUCCUGCGCUGACCAGUGAAGCUCCACUUUAUUGUAAAACAUUGUGCUUUACCUAAUAUCCUAGCCUUGUCUUUACCAAGGGAAGCUAGUCAGUCCAUAUGAUGGAACUAGAGACUGCAAUAAAGUGCUUAUUGCUCUGAGUGGCCCAGAAUUCACUGGAAGCCAGAUGUUAGCAACUUGGGCCAGGUCCUCAAAUUGGAACCCAGUAUGUAGGCGGGUGAUAUUGUCUGUUAAAGAACUGAAAUGGAGUGGAAUGAUCCCAGAGCUUGCUUUCUAUUGAAGGCUUUUAAACAGUAAACAGGUGGUUGGUGUGAAAAAGGCUGCCUUUACUGUUAGCUCACACAGCAUCUCUUUUACCAACCAGAGAGUACGACAACUAGUUUCAUAUAAUACCUAGUUAUUCUAAAUGAAAAUGAAAAAAAAAAAAAAAAAAAAAAACCAACAAAAACACUGACGCACUGCACUAGUUACUAUUAGAUAUUCUUAGUCAUUUUUGUACAUGAAGAUUUAAGUUCUAAGAUGGUUUAUAUUAAUAGGUUAUGCCUACGUUUAUAUUGUAGAAUGAAUUUAAAACCUGUUCCAGAGAACUCAAGGCAGCCUGGACAGAUGUACCAUUGUUAGCGGUGUUUGGGCAGCCACGAGGUCCAGAUGUUCUGCACUUUUAUAUUUGCCACCGGAGUGGUAGAGUUUACUGGGAAAAGUUCUGACAGGCUACGUUUGGGUUUGUUUCUUUUUAAUUUAGCUUUGAAUAACCAGGAUGAUGUGCAUUAGAAAAAGGAGUGGUGUAUGGAAAAGAAAAUACUGCAGAUAAUUGACUUGUCUUUCAUGCCUUGGAGGGUUCCUUUAUUUUUGCAUAGAUAUCUGAGCGACUUGGUGAAACUUUCCUGUAAACAAAAAGUACUGCAAAUGCGUUUUUCAAAAGUGACCUUAGUAUUAUUUCACAGUUCUGAAAAACUUAAAACCAUGACUUUUCGAUAUAGUGUACACCAAUACACAUACCUUUUACAUUUUACAGACACUGGCAUUGUUGUAGUUACUAUGCACAGUCCAAAUCAGCUUCAGAGUUUGCAUAAAGGGCCAAUUACAGUUUGUGUUGGUAAAGUGGAAAGCUGUAUACAGUUAAACUAAAGCUGAAGAGUAGCGUUUGACUGAAUUCAGACUACCAAACAGAUCCAUCUGCCAGUUUCUGUCUCUGCUUGUGUUGAAUUUUUGUGCUUUGCUCUCAUAAAUACAUCCCAAAAGCAAGCCAAGUGUAUCACUUGGCCUGUUACUUUCACUAUCCCGACUUACACUAUUGUAUAACCAAGCAUUGAUUCCUACCAAUAGAUGCAAAAUGAUCACUAGUAAUUGAUCUAAAGCUACAAAUUCAACAGGGUACUUCUUCUAUAGCACAAGAUGUUUCCCUACUUUUUGCAUUGUAGCACAACAAUUUACCAAAUUGGACUCCAGCAAUAAUUUUCUAUUAGUCUUCGUCAUACCGGCUGAACUUUUGAUAGUAUUAGAUUGAGUUUGAAGUUCUUUGAAUUAAGUCUUUAAAUGAUGCGAGUUUACAUCAUUCUAUCAGGCAUUCUUAUUUAUACUUGACUGAAUUGAUAAUGUGUUUUGGGGUUAUUUUGUAACUAAUUUGAUGUAAUAGCCAUAUGGACAGUAACUAUUAAUGCUUGCUAGGUUUAGCCUUCCAUUGUAGUUAAGUGAAAGUCUCUGGUUCAGUGUCAGGAAACAAUAUACAAUGUACCACAUCAGUUUUAAGAACAGAUUAAAGGUCUGACAAAAGGCAGGUAGCUGGGGAAGUGUCACUGAAACAGCACCAUCAAGGAUGCAUGUGUUGAAAGGAGGGAACAACUGAAGAACAACAAAAUUUACAAACCAAUGAGUCAGUGAAAAGGCUUUUUAAAAAAUUCAGGUGAAUAAAUGUCUGAGUCCCUGGAAUGCCAUUGCAGCCUAUGGUGGUAUUUUAAAUAAGAUUUUAUUAAAGUUUUAUAAGUUAUUUUAACAAGACAGGAAAAAACUUAAAGACUUAAAACUUGUGGGUCACAGCAGGGUGGCUGUUGGAGUUUUGGACCACUUUAUAAUUAGCUGAAAUCCAAAUAUGUUACAGUGCAGGCCGUUCACGUUGACAAUGGUACUAACUUAUUUCUCUAGAAACCUUUAGAGUAGAUAUAUUUUUGUCAGAGCACCCCAUCCUUCCUCGAUUUAAAUUUCAAUAUUGUUCCUGGAGAUAUUUCUGUAUAUUAAUGGUACCUUUUUUAAAAGAAACAGAAAAUUACUUUUUUCUAUAUGAAUUAAUAUCUUACUUGAUCUGCUUUUCCUUGACUUUCCCUUAGAGAGGGGGUAGGGUUGGGUCAGUUUACUGGAUAUGACUGUUUUCAGAUACUUAUAAACCUUUUUGUAGAUAUGCUUAAUUUUUAAGCGAUUAGGCACUGAGAGUAGCAGAAAUCCUGCAAAGCUUUAUAGUUCACUAGGCAUUUGCCUUUGUUGGUUCUCUGAGUGAUGUCUUGAUUUGAGUAGCUAGAAUUUUCCCUGAAUCUACUAGAAAGGGUAUCAGUAUUUUCAGGUAACAAAGUCUGUUAGCACAACAAAAAACUUCAGACCAAUAUCUUACUGUAUUGGGGUUGGGUUUUUUCCUUGUUUGUUUUGUUUUAAUUUUUAUUAAUUUCAGCUGCUUUCAUUUUGGAAACUCUUAUUGCUAUUGUGUGUACUUCAGUAUACCAGCAAACACUGUUACCUGUUAACACGUUGUCCACGAAUGCCUCUAGAGAAGAAAUUGUUGCACCUUAUGUAUAUCUCAAGCAAACCAAAAUAUGAUGCUUUUCUGCUUUGUUUAUUCUGAAUAUGUUGUAUCAUACUUUACUGAACCCAUUUUAACUUAGCUAAAGCUAUCAAUAUUUAUGCAUUUCACAUUAUUUUCUGGAUCUGAACCUGUGUAUAAAUCUUUCUUUAAAAAAAAGACAAGCAUUUACUGUAGUUGUGCUCUGUGACUUAUCCAUGGGAGGGGGGAAUCUUGUCUCAAGUGUAAAAUGCAGUACUGUCCCAGUUUUCCUUGGCUUUUAUUUAUUUAGUCAUCUUUGAUAUUUCAUAGUUCUGAGGCAUACAAAAUGCAUUGUUGUAGCUGAAGCUACACAUCUAAGCAGCUGGGAGAAAAUGACUGUAAUGUCUUCUUAAUUGUUCUAGUACUGUAUACAAAUAUGGGAAAAAUGUUCUGCAGAACAUUUGAGAUGCAGAUUCUUAUCCCCACAGUAGGCUAUUUUCCAGGUAUUAGACCAAAUCAAUCAAAACUCCAUGAUCUUACAGGUCUUUUCUGACUAAAUGAUUCUGAAAACAUCUAUGGAGAUUACUUAGUGCUCUGCUUAUGGCAGUAACUACCCCUUGAAUGUGCUGUGAUUUCAGAAAAGAAUAUAUUUAUUUAAGAUGACUGAAUGCUCUUUUAUACUAAUACAGUAUCCCAAAGUCAUGAGCAAGAGACUUCCUGGUAGUUUGGGUUUCUAUUUUAUAGCAUUGGUGCAUGACUUUUGAAAUUAAAGUGAUAAGCAUUGUUGGAAUGGGGCACAAGAACAAGGGACUGGUAGAAGUGUGUGGAUUUGUGGUGUUUAAAUUCCAGCUUUGGUCUGUAUUAUUUGGAUGAAAGCUGCCUUUGUAGCACAAGGCUGAAGAGCAUUCUGCAGUUUGUAUCAAGUAGAGAGUUGUAAGUUAUGUCAGUACAAGGGAAUGCCUUAUAGUUCGGAUGCUGUCUUUUGCAACAGGAUAUUAAUUGAAGCAGUUUUAAUUUCCACUGCCUGUUUAGCUACUGUACAGAUACUGAACCAACUGAAGGCAAGUUAUAGACAUGGGGCAGCUAAGAGAGCAUGGAAGGAAAGCUGUCCUUUAUUCUCAGUAUGGCAACAUUAUGGCAACAAAGGGGAAUUAGAACAGAAUUUAGAUUUGUAUAUAUGUGUGUGUGUGUGUGUGUGCGCACGUGUGUGUGUGUGCCUGGGUGUGUACAUUCUGCAAAAAAAUGAUGUAGGAAAACCAGAAACAUGAUGGGUCUACAAGACGCUAUAAUGGAUGUCGACCCUUUUGAGUGCACUCCCUUUUUUUUUGAAUGCUGAGUCUAAUAUGGCUACCUCUCCUAAAAGACUACUUUUGUUAACUUCCAUUUGCUUUCAGGCUUGAUCAUGUAAUCUUCUUCGCCAUUGAUAUCAUUUGUAUAUUGCUGUGUGCUUUAUUUUCCAAGAGCAACAUUUAUAUAGCACAGACACCAUAAAGGCUGAAUAUACAGCGGUAGCCAAACUAUGUUGCUGGAGCAUUUUUGUUUAACCUCUGCCACAGUCCUAGGGGUUGCAGGACAUGGCCCGCUAGCUCUGCUUGAUUCAGUGAGAUCAGUUUCUGUAACAGCAGAAGGUGCAGUGCUCGUGGGGUGGUGGACUUCUGAUGUUUCCAGAGGUGUCGAGUAAGCCACAUGCUGCUCUUGAAACUUACUCUGGAGUUUAUGUUUGCAGUCCUGAUUUCGCAGGGAAACGUAACUGUGCAACAUAUGUGUUGUAUGCCCUACGUUAUCCAUUAGAUGCUGUUUGUUUGCUGUGCUUGUUUGAUAGAUUGUAGACCUCCUAGGUAACUCUGCCAUGUUUUCCGAUACUCAUGGCAUUCUCCUUACCUUGUACAUAUUUUCAAACUGUCAACUACAGCUGCCAGGAUGCUCAGGCACUUCAGGACACUGAGUGCCAUGAACAAGUACAUGUUUAGGCUGUGAAAGCGUUGCCUCCUCCCCUGAACUCCCCAAGAAGAAGGCACAGUGAAGUUCAUGCUCUCACUGAAGUACUACCACAGUCAUUUAUAUACUCAGUAUUUUAUAGUGAACUGACAACUUUGAAGAAGCUUAUGAGAUGGAUGUCUAUUUUAUGUUCCCCCACUAAUUCUUUUAUGGCAGAAAUCUAGGAAGACUUGACAUGAGAUCUCCACUCAGCAACACACCCUAAGCUUAGGCUGGAAACCCUCCCGAUCACGGACCACUAUGCUCUGGGAGUUAAGCUUGGGCUUGCGUGAUGUUCGUGGGGGAGGCACAUCAUCAUCAUGACCUAGGGCCUUCAUUGAGGUGGAAUUUUAAAGCGACUGCAAAUAGCUUAACAUUUUGUUGAGUUCUUCCAAAGACUUACAUUGUAGUUUCUGGGUCUUGGCUGUUAGCAUACACCAGCAGACCUGCACUGAACUCCACUGGAAAAACCACGGUUCAGGAUACCUAACCAGGCUCCCGAAUGUAAUGGUCUAGUUUGCUCUUUUCACGUCCACAGCUGAAACCUUGUUUGCCCCUCAGUACUGCUGUCCUCCAGUGAGUGGUUGGGUCUUUGAGGGCAGCAAAAGCAGGAGGGGCAUGUAUGUGCAUGUGUCUGCACGUGUGUGUACAUAUACAUGCACACGUCAGAGUGCAGGGACUUCAGCGUGUACUCUGUACAAGAGCAUUCCCAUGUUUGCUCAUAAAACAACUUGAAGUUUCUCAGAUGAUAGUUUUCCAACUUCCUUGCUAGAUUUUGGUAUCUUUCCUUCACAUUACACACCAUAAGGUGUGAGUUUCAAAAAUCACACCUGAAAAAAACAGAACCUGUUAAUCUGGAUGCUACAAAAACCUUCUUUCUCAGCAGUGCUUGCUUUUAAUAACCAGUAUCUGUUGACAGUUUUAACACAACUGAUUUGCUAUGAUCUUUCUUCUUGGAGCCCAAUCCUUCAACUUCUAUUCUCACAUGUAUUUCCACUGAAUUUUGACCUAGUGUUUGGUUUUAUUCUCUCCAAAGUUGGUUGUAAACAUGCCUUACAAUAGUUCAUCUCCAUCAAUGGUGUAACAGAGCUACUGCCUUCUUAGUUGUGUCUAGUUAAGUCAAUAAGCACAUUUAUAGAAUGUCAUAUUUUAUUCAAGAACCUCUAAUUUGAGAUUUUUAAGUGCACAUGUUAAGUCAUGUGUAUAACAUGCUAAAGUACAUUAAACUGUGAUAAUGAAACUGAAUAAAAAUAUUUAAUAAAAUAUUUGAAAUAUUUGAUAAGGACCUUUAAAUAGAUUUCUUCAUGUUCAUUCUAUUUUGGUUAUCUAGCGUGUGCCUGUAAACAGUUUCCCAUUUAAAACUAAUGAUUGCAAAUAAAUACUAUUCAAAUGGAGCUUCUUUGAUACUUCACCUGCUUUUCCAUCAAAUGAUUGUUUACUUUAACAUAUGGCUGAGUUAGCAGUAUUGCAGAAUUUGUUUUUAGCUACAGUAUGAACUUGUUGGGGUUUUUUAUAUUUAAACAAGCUCAUUUUCACCUGAAAAUGGAAGAUGCCAAAACCCAGAGAUGGAUCCUCAGAACUGUAAGCGGUAGUUUUCUGUCAGAUCAUCCACUCAGCUUCUACACAAUGACUGUGAAGAUGUCACUUAUUUUGCAAAGAACUUCUGCUCAAGUGUUCUUCCUUACGUGUGUCUAUACUGGGAGCUUCCAUUUUAUUGUUUAAAACUUCUGAGCCCGGUUCAGCACUGUUGACAUUGUUUAGAAGAUCCACAGAUCCAUUCAAGUGCCCCAGAAUUCUUUGGACUUACAUGACAUGAAGAUGGAAAUUGUGGGACAGAGAGAGCCAGGACUCAGUGCAGUUAGGCUUUGGGAGAAAAGUUUGCCUUUUCUUCUGAGCUUUCUAGGUAUCUGCUUCAUGUUUCUGGAUUUUGUCUUCUUUGCACAACUGGGAAGCUUGUUUAUAGUCAACAAAGAUAAACGAGAAGUCAUUCCACAGAAGAAGACCUUGCUAUGUUUUCAGUCUUUGGACAUAAGAGAACUUAAUUCAGAAAUGGUUUCUCUUAGAAGUAAGUAUCAAGUGACAUCAAUGUUUAAACUUAAAGGUAAUAGGUUACCACUACUUUGGAAACUUGUUUAAACCAGGAAUCUGUUCUGCCCAUAUAUUUUACCCUCUUGGGGCUUGAAAAUUAGACUGUUGGGGAUCUUCUCUUUUUCUGUCCUUGGAUGCCUGAAACCUCCUUGAUUGCAAUGUAUUUUUUGAUCACAGAAGACCCCAUAACAGACUUCAUGAAGCCAGUAGACACUGGCUGUUCGCAUGGGAGCAGAUCUCCUGUCUCUGAAUCAAAAGCAGCAGAAGGGAAACUUAGGUUUGUGGCUUUUUUUUAACUAUGUGCCAUUUACUCAGGAAAGAAGAAAUGUAUGCAGUCUUGCAAUGCCUUCACUAGGUGUGCAUCAGUAGCUCUGCAAAGAAACGCCAGGAAUGGAAAAGCUUCAGCCUUUAAGGCCUGUAAAGGUCAUGGGGAAGGGGAAGGAAAGUUCUGAUUCAGUGAGCAAAACAAGUGGAAAAAAUUUUAAGAAAUACAUGUUCUGUCAAUAUUGGAUGCGCAGUCAGGGACCUUGAAGUCACUAUUCACUUUUUUUAUUACUAAAUUACCUUAAAACAGUCAUCUUCAUUCCUCAAUGCCCCAUCUUUUCUCCUAUGCUCUCAUUUUGUUCUUCCAACCAAAGACCUGCUGCAUUCAGCUAAUUCUCAGUGCAUCUAGAUCAUGUUUGUUACCCAGCUCUCACUCAGGUUGCUUUUUGCAACUGCAUUACACUGACUCUUAACUGUCAGGUAAGGUAAAUUUCCACUAAUACUUCUGGAAAAACACAGGGUGGAAGUUCAAGCGAUUCAAGCACCAUGCUUUGCUAGACACUGGUGUUCUCCCCUCAAUAGCAUUUGUUGGGUCCCUUUCUUUGUUCAUCCGGCAGUUUUUUAAUGUGCAGCUAACCCUGCUUUCAGAGAGACUUUUUGUUCCUACAGUGUGACAGCAUGGAGUGAGACACACAGUAUACCUGGGCAUACAGUAGCCUUGCUGUACACCAGCUCAUGGGGCUGUCCAUUCUCCAGUAGGACACUAGCACUUUGUAACAAAAUACGAGAUGCGUUCCUAUCUCUGCUGCAAAGUUCUGUUUUGUUUUGUUUUCUGAAAUAAAACCUGUAAGAUACAACAUCUACCUUCUUAUCCAGUGUCAGAUUCUUUUGUGUGGACUGUUCUUGGCCCAGCAACAGUAAGAAAUUGAGCUCUAAUACAGUUGUAUUUAAAAUAUACUUGAAAUUUCAUCAAGGCUUUAUUGAUUUUUUUCCUGAUCACAGAAUCAUUAGGUGUCCAGCAGAAGUGCGCUGGACUGUGGUGUCGCUGCUGCAAGCCCAGCUGAAACUCUGGUUGAAAAUCCAGCCUACAUAAAGUACAAAAUACAAAACAUGUAUUCCAUAUGGAGCAGCAGUUUAGCUUAUUCGUCAGCCUGUGAAGCAAGAUGAGCUAAUUGAAAUAGACUCAAAAAUCAAGCUAGCUGAGUCAGAAUGACAGGCUUAGCAUUGCAGCACACUAAGACAAGGCAGGUGUUGCCAUCAAACAACAUCCAAUUUAAGAGAACAAAGCGGGGUGGAAAGAGAAAACCUGAGCUCCUUCCAAUCCAAAAGAAGUUUUUGGAACACAUCUUUGGAGUACAAGUUCCACAUACGGCCCACCAAAGGCUUCCCAGUUGGAGCAGACCAUUAGGCUUCAGUCAGACCAAUCUGAGUAUCAAUUCCCUUCCUUCCAAGGGUGGGUUCCCUUAAUACCUGGUCAGCACCACUGUACCAUUUUUAGGAGUUAAGGAGACUUUGGAAGUCUGUCAGUCCCUAUCUGUCAGAGUUUAGGAUUCUUGGUUUUGGUGUCAGUGUCGACUAAUAGUUGCUUUUGUAAUGGCUCUGGAGUUCAUGUGUUUUCGGUCUUGCAAAAGCAGUGUCAUUGAUUCAGGCAUGCCAUUGCCAUUGGCAUCGGUCAGAGUGACGUCAUUUGAAGCAGAUUCACUGUGCAUCUCUCUCUUGACAGACAGACUGCUCCCUGUUACGUUCUGAGAUGGUUAUCUGGUUUGGGACUCCCAGCUGUGGUGUUUGUCAGGAAGCCGGGCUCUGGCAGGGAGAGAUUCUUUCGCUACAAGCCUCUCGUCUUCUGAACGGCAAAAAGUUUGUUAAUUCCUCAACAGCUUUGUGUGGGAUCUGUUCUUUGCUGCAGCUGCUUAGAUAGAUUUCUGUAAUACAAAAUGAAACAAACCCAGCUGGGAACUCGAUGGUGAAGUUGGACUUUCAUGAGCUUCCAGGUUUCAAUAGGCGGCACAGAGAUUGACAGGUUGUGGCAACAAGGCUGUGUUUCCUUUUGUUUGGAAGAGCAGUGUUUUCUAACGGAAGUAAGGUGGCAGGGAAAUUACCAUCACAGCAGAUGGACAAUUCAUUGUCUUCAAGAGGUUCCAAUUUCAAGGGCAAGGUUUGCCAAGCAGUCUAAAAUAAAGCAGAAAUUGCAGUUGAAAUCUGUGGCUUGGAAUGGAUGCUGUGUUUUGCUUCAGUGACUGUAGCAAUAACUUUUCAUUUAGAAGUAAUGUGUGAGCUGCUCAAUGGGUGAUGCCGUUCUAAACCAUCCCAUUCACUCCUAGAUGACAGAUGUAUUUGGCACAUGGUGUAAGUGUUGCUAACGAGUGCUUCCCUGCAAGUACAUCAUAAAUAAUAUCAAGUGCUCAUCAUUAUUUUAAUCAGUAUUUAAGAAAAUUCUUCUUGCUGUCUUCAGAAAAUACACUGUGCUUGGCUGGCACAGGGCAUAGUUUUACACUGGAAAGUAAUGGAGGGAAGCAUUUGCUUUGUGACUGUUUAAUCUUGGUACAUAAUUUUUUCCAAACAUCUUUGCUAGUAACUGUAGUGUACCACAUUUAGGACAUAGCUAAUUGAGCUCUGGGAUGUUUCAAAGUGAAGGUAUCUACUUACUUCCCAUGCAGAAAUCCAUGCCAGCAAGGAAAUCUCUUAGUGAUGAAGGGUUGCAUUUUUGAAAUAACUAAUUUAUGAGGGUUUUUCUCAUGAUGCAUUUCCUGGGUGAGAACCUUGAAAACAGCAUAAUACACAAGAGUCAGUAUAAAACCAGUAGCUUCGUAUUCACGGAUUCUGUUAAUCUGCAACUAGUUUAAAGAACCUAGACAAAAAGCCAGAUGUGUGCUGUUCCACUUGGACACAGUGGUUUCUCUAGCUAAUGGCCAAGAGUUGCCAGCAGGGAUUUAAAAGCAUCUUUAAUGAUGAGAUAAAAAUGUAUUCUUAAAUAGAAAUGUCUGGACUUUUAGACCACUCAGAAAAUACUCAGUGUGCUUUGCAAGAUGAGCAAUUUUUGUGUAGUUUUGAUUAAUAAAACCACAAACACAGCUAUUUCAACAAUCUUCAGAUAAAUAGAAAAUGGCAAAUGUAGUUUUUUGGAUGCUGUGAGUUGCCUCAGACCUAGAUGGGAGUCCCUUAGCAGCACUGGCCUGUCACACUUGACUGCUUGUGGGAGGAUGUGGUGGCAUGGCUGGAAUGUGCAUCUGUAUUCAGCAUUAAACCACCAUCCCAUAAAUCUCAGCCGCUGGAAAUCUGUUUCCAUCAAGAUACAAGGGACAUAAACAGCAUAAAGCUGUUUAAAAAUCACAACUUGUUGGGUUUUCCACUUUUGUCAAAUCUGCUGCCCCACUGCAAAAUGCUUUGUAUGUGGCAGAGAUGGAUCUUUUCCUUGGAUCUUUUCCUUGGUUUUCUUUAUCUUGCAGGAAGUUGGGAACAAGCUUCACUUGCCAGUCUUUCACCUUGCUUUUCAGUCAUCUUGCCUUUCUCGCCUCUCUUUUUUUGAGAGGCUGAACACUUGGUAGACAUCAGUAGCAAAACAUCCCACAGAUUUUCAGUAGGAUGGACAGUAUCCCACACCUUCCCAAGCUACUGCAUAACUCUGAAAAACCCACAGCGUUUUUUUAUUAGUAUUUUAACGACAAUUUUCCUGAGCCAUGGCUGUGUGUCAAACACAGCUUCUGCAAAAAGAUAGGCACAGGGAGGUGGGAUCCUGCUAGGAAGUUGAUAGAGCAGCAAAGCUGGGCUCCCCAGGCCGUUUUUGAAACCUUAUAAAUUAUUUCCUCCUCCUAACAGUUUGUUGUGAGAAUAGAUUCACCGUUUUUGGGAAAUUGGCCUGGUUCAUUUUUUAUUGCAUGGCUUAAAUUCACUUUUUUUUCUAAAAGCCAAACCAAACCCUCUUCAGCACUGCAUAUUAGACUACAACAUUCACAUGAACUCAUGCUAAGCCUUAACUUGCAAAAUAAAACUCUUACCACAUUUCUAAAUUCCUUUAUUAGAGGGGGAAAUGACAAUCCCCAGACAAUUACACUUUUUUCUCCAUAAUUACUGAAGAAAUCUUCAGAUCAAAUAAACACCAGUUACCUUGCUCAUACGGCCUCACCUAAGGCAACAAGCACACGUGGGGGAAGCCUGUGGGGUCAGACAUGCAGCAUUAUGGCUUUCCCUCCAGGGAAAGCACCCUGGCCAUUGGGAAGCUGUGCAGCAGCCCCACUGCAUCCAAAGGGAUGGGAUAGGGAUGCCAGCUGACAGAUGCUGCAGACAGCUGCAGCCCGAGUUGCACCUGCAGGACUCACAUAGCCAAGGGCUCUUUCCCUGCAUGUCUUGUCAGUUCGUAAAAUGCUGCUUUAUAUUUCUGUGUCUUUCACCUGCUUGUGUUUGAAAGCUGUUCUAGGCACUUUGCAUGAGAGAGAUCACGUUGGGAGAGCAGUUCCCUGCGGGUUUGAGUUGUUGCAGUCAGAGAUUGGCAGUGGAAGCACUGGAUACUUGCUGUUGUAAACUUCAUCCAUCUCCUUGAAAUACUGUUGUGGUUUUCUCAAGGCUCUGUGCACAGGGCAUAAUUGCUGAUGCAAAGACAUUUUUAUCCUCUUGUUAUUGUUACUGAACACUGCUUUCAUCAAGAAACAUGAAUUGGGGAAGGAUGCCACAGACUUUCACAAUUAAAUCUGUCACUAGAUAGUCUUUUUUCACCCAUGUGAAAUUUAUAAAUGGGGGGGGGAUUAACUCAGGGUGCAGACAAGCCUAUAAGGAAAGACCAGCACCUCCAUAAAUCAAGUUCUGCAUUUUCUGCUUGUGUUUCUAUGGUGAGAGUGGGUCAGCAAGUUGCUGAAGUAAUUGCUUACUGCAGAAAUGGUGAGCAGAUGGAUUCCCACUGCCAUCCGUAGGUGAGCGUGGCCGACCACUGCACCUGCUGCUGUUUGUUCACUUCCUUUCACUCCUUGCAGGUUGACUGCUGUUAUGUUGCUGCAUUAAUUGUGCACCAUAAGCCAGCUGAGAGGAGCUGGGGGUGGGAGGUCAGCUUUGGGCACUCGUGUUAGAAAUGCAGCGUCACACAUCAUCAUCGCAGUAGUGUGUUGCUAUUUCCUAAAGGUCUUUUGUCUUGAUGUUUGUGAGUGCCUGUUUUAAAAUGGCCCAGGCUCCAAGCUUGACUUUUUUUUCUUUUUUUCUUUUUUUUCUUUUUUUUUGCUUUGUUUUCUUCUUUUUUUUUUUUUGAGACAGAGUCAUGUUUCAUGUAAACCACAUAAUUUCUUUGGGCUACUUGUAGCAGAUUUUAAAAACCAGCUGCUCUUUGAUUGCCCAGCCCCUGCAAUCCAUGGGCAAGAACCAGCAAAGGAUAUUUAAAAGAGUCAGUGGUUCUUGUCAGUGUGGGGAUUUCUUGUUCGUUACCAACUUUUCAGCAGAUCAGUCCACAUUUUUCAAGAUUGAAAAAGGCUGAAGGAAAGCUUUCUGUGACAGCUUUUGAAAGUCAGGGUGAAUAUUCCUGUGUGUUCUUCUUGGUUUGCUGCUCCCCAUUUUUAUCUUUUUUAAGGGUGACUGUAUAAAUAGACAGGGUUUUGGUGGUGUGUGAGGAAAGUGUAAGCUGACUCUUAAUAGGAUGUCUGAAGUGCUUGUGUGUGUUCCUGGACAAACAGCAAGCUAAGGCAGAAAACCAAACAGCCAGACAGGAUAUUAAACACAUCCUGGGUUGUGGCAGGAUGAGAUCUUGGCAGGAUUUGCUUGGUGCAGAGUCACAGGGCCAAAAGGGACUUGGAGACAUCAGCUAGAGAAUUUCCAUGGCGGGUUAAGCUAUACUUAGCACAGACCUGACAGGUGGAUGGGUGGGUGUUGAACUUGUCCUUAAAAGCCUCUAAUAGUGGAGAAUCAACCAUUUCCCAUGCUGUUUUUUCCAGUGUUUGACUGUCUUUUUGAGGGUGGUUUAUUCCCCCAGUGCCUAAGUACAGAAUUUUAGGGUAUAGGAGGCGAAAACAGUGUCCUCAAAUGGCAUUAGAUAGAGGAGCAUUGUAACUGUUUUUAUAAAUGCAACUUUAGAAAUAAUGGUCAGAUAAAAUCUGAGACAAGAUUUUCAAGGAGCACCAGCAACUUUGCUCACCACAGGACUCCUCCAUGCCUUUGAAACCCUCUUUCCUCGAAUGAUGUGUCAGGUUGAUGGUUAAUAGCCAUAUCAGAGAGGUUCAAAGAGACCUUUCUCUUCAUGCUGUGUUUUCUAUCCAGUAGUUGCCUUCAAUUUUUUUUUUUUUUCCAGAGUUCAGACAGUGAAAAAACAGAAAACCAAACCAAAAAAUCCCUAGCCCCAAACCAAUCCAGCGUGCCAGCCUUUUUCCUUGGUACCCUUUUCAAAUACUACAAGGCCAUCAGUAAAGCCAUAUUACGAGGAGGAAACCAAAAGAGAACAGCAUCCAUUUCGUUAGGCAGUGCUUGUGCCAGCCACAGCAAGAGGCUGGAGAGCCAGCAGGGGCCAGAGCCUGCCCUUGGCCUACAGCUGUCCUCUCUCCGCUGCCUCCUGCCUUGGAAACAAGCCUUUUUCCUGAUUAUCCUCUGCUGGGAUGCUGCUAGCAAGGCAUCACCUGUGCUUGCAUCAGGACCCCUGCCUGGGGUCUGAUCCAGCCUCUCCCUGGAAGACAUGGGAAAAGCUGCGUGCAAUGGUGUUGGCAGUGCAGGGACCGGGACAUCCCCGGGUCUCUGCUUUGAGACAGAGACCCAUGGCUGUGCCUGCAAUCCUCUCUCCAGCUCCAAACUAGGACUAGUGGAAUAAUUCUGAAACGCUUAGGAGACUAAUGGAGCAAGGCCAGUGUGCUGCAAGAGCUGUGCACUCCCCUGCUGCCUGUGCACCAGUUUACCUGGGGCAAUGCCACAGUUUAUUGAGGAGUCUCUGAGGGACAGACCAUGCUGAGAGCCCAUUACUGGGAAUAGGCAUCUAAUGGGGAAGCAAAGAGGAGAGCACAUACUGCAGGCUGGGCAGUUGCCUUCAUUUUCUGUCUGUUCUGGCUCGUCAGGAGGCUCUCUGCCUGGACUUCUGGUCACUGUGCCUGCUGCCAGGGCAGGGGUUUGCUGUACUCACCAGAAGUUGCAGGCUUGCAAGAAAUGGUUUGGCAAACUUCUAACACUCUAGUGGUCCAGGCACUGGGCAGAGAUUGCCCCAGGCACACUGGCAUGGGCUGGGACCCUUCUCCAGGCCCACCAGCCCUGCUCUUCUGCGUCGCCACACAAAGCUGGAGGUGGGGAAGGCAAUGGCAAAGCCCCCGGCUUGGGCAGCAUUAGUGCCUCCUGCAGUGCCUGGCACCCCUUGUAGCCCCACACGGCCACAGUCAUGGCCAGUGGCACUGCCCAGGGCUGCUGAGGCUGCUGGGGUGCUCCGAGCACCGGCCCUGCACAGCCAGGGCUCUGUGGUCUCGCAGGGAACAGCUGCAGGUGGUGGCAGAGGAGGCGUUCAGUGCCCAUUGUUUGCUGUGGUGCCCCAAGGCCCCGUUGAGCUGCUCCAUGUGGUGGUACAGAGCUGGGCACUGACACCCAGGGAGUCACAGCAAAGCAGCAAGGGACUGGGUGCUGUGUUGAAGAGCUGAAACAAGUGGUACAACAGGACACAAAGCAGAGGCUUCCUAUGGAUGCUUGCUCCAGGUGACAUCUGGCCCCAGUUAUGGGCAUGGGUAUAGCAAGGAGCUUGGAUGGAUGGGGGACCCAGGUCUGUUCAGUUCCAGUAUGAGCCUUUGAUGAAAUCCCAUGCCAACUGUGUGCUGACCAAAAACUGACUUUUAAGGGCAGUAUUGAGAGAGAAAAUAUUAAUGGCUAAAAAGGAAAGGGGGGCAACAGAGCAGUUUAGAAAACGCAAUUCCCUCAACAACUUUGUUUUUGGAAGAACUGUCACUAUAAAAGGGGAAACCAAGCUUGUGGGAGGGAUGAAAUUAUUUUCCCCAAGCCCAAUAAUCAACCUGGCAAGGAUGGCUUAGUGCUAGGAGCUUUUGCUCCUGUUGUCACACACAAACUGUGAAACAGGUGGAUGCCUAUCAGGCUGCACUUCAGUUGUGAAUUAACCAGCAUGUUCAGUAGUCCUCGGCUUUCACCAUCAAUAUAAUCUUUAGUGAUGCCUGGAGAAGGAAAAGUGUUUUCUUCCAUGUUUCACAGUUUCUCUCCUGCUCUGAUAGACUCUUAAUCCCUCGUGCUGCCCCUCAUUUUCUCAGUGCUGCUCUCCUCUGGGAACCCUAUCUGGAAUAAGCAAAACCAGGUUACAGUGGAGACAAAAGUGACAAAAAAAGUUGCACUUUGCAGCAGAUCAACCAGAUCAUGAUUUCCAAAUUACACCCUGUUACUCAGUAGUGAAAAAACCACAAGAGCAGCCAGUACAGAUGACUAUUCAGCUGAUUUUAUAGUGUAAUUUCUUCUCACUUAAAAUUUGUACUUCUUUUUUUCCCUUCUUCUGAGCAUAGCAAGGUGCUUCCCACAUUUUCCCUGCUGUUGAGUAUCAGCAAGUGCUUUGAGUUUUGUAGAGCUGCAGAGGAAUUACAGAAUUGAAAAGUAACACUGAUCCUGUUACCCUUGCAUGCACAAAAUUCUUAGCAAAAUACAAAAAAAAGUCAUUUCUCUUGUGUUGUGCUUGCUCGGUGUAUGUCAAAAGCAAAGCGAAGUCUAAGGGCAUAAAUAAGGGGAAGUGAUGCUCUAAGGUGGUGAUGCAGGGACUGAAGUGACUGAGUUUUAAGCAGUGUCCCUACACAGUGUCUUUCCUGAUACAGGCAGAAGAAUUUACAUCAUGCACCAUAAAGCUCAGCUUCCAGCUUUUGUGUGCACCCCUCUUCUUGUGGUACUUUCCUGCCUGCUCCCAGUGGGUACCUGGAUGAGACAAAGAAGGAUACCUGCUGCUUGGAUAGCUAAGAUUGCAUCUGAGUUCACAUGAAAUACCAAUCAGGAACUUUGUAGCUUUACUGUUUUGUAAUCAGAGGUGCAGAGGGCAAUGCUAAAUUCAGCAAGGAUGUGUUUGCCUGGUGGAGUGCACAUGGUAGGUAUGCUCAUAGGUACCAGCCAUCCUUCCUUCUCUAACACUGCAAAUACAUCCUGUUCCAUCAGGGCAUCCUUCUUUCAAAUACCUAUUUUUAAGCUCCCCUAUCAAAAUGUCAUAAUUAUUAGGGGAAACUUUAUUUACUGCCACACUUUUCUUGACACGUUUUGUGCUUUAUCAAAGAUGGCUUUCGUUGAGUGUGUGCUGUGUGCUUUUGGCCAGAUGUUGGAGCUUCCACUGGGGGUUGUUUCUGCCAGUGGCAUGUCCCUGGCUGGGAGGUCCAGGGGAGCAGAGUGGUCACUUGUGCAGGUGGGACCAUGCUGAGUCCCACGGGCCAGAUCCUGGUUUGGCAGGUUGUCAGGAAAUGAGGCAGGCUGUGGGGAAUACCCUCAGCACUGGUUUGGUACUUGAGGCAGAGCAACUGCAUAUCAGGGUGUGAUCACUGAUUUGGGAAGAGGCUUCUAGAAACUCCCAUGGCAGGGAGUGUGUUAAGUGACAUCUGUGUCAUCAACAAAAGUGGUGUAGUAUCUCAUGUUAGCAGCCAGGAUUGGGCUGAGAACAAAGUGAUCUUGCUUACAAGAGGGGCUUUGUCCCUCCAUCCCUGUUUUCAGGAGGAAAUCCAUUGGAAGGGGUGCCUGUCUGCAUGUGCAUGCUCCCACUUUGCCUUUGUCAGUGGACCCCAAGACACUAACAGGGAGCACACUGGAAAAGGGUGGCACAAAAGGCACCCUGGGCCUUGCCAGGUCCUCACGGUGCUCCUUGCAAAUGUCUCUCCCUUCCUCAUCCCCUGCUGGCAGCUUGGGCUUGGCUCUGGGCAGCAGCAACAGACAGCACUCUGCUCCCUGCCCUCUGUGGGGAGCACGAGGCUCAAAUAGCCCAGUUGGAGAUUUGACCAAAACGUGUUAAGAGCAUUUCCUCAAAUAGUUUUAAUUUUAAUAAGUCAUAUUUAGUAGCCUUAAGGACACUGGCUAUGUGAGAGGAAAGGGUUAUGUCCUGAAAACAAAGUUGGAUGCAUGGGUGCUGUGUGAAAGGCUGCUGAGAACUUGGUGUGGGGUGAGAGGCAUCACAUCUUCCUUAAGACAGAGGAGCCGUUGCCAUGUGGUUGAAAAACGUGGCAGAGCUGACAAGAGAGAAGCACUUUGACUGAGAAAUGUUCUUUUAGAUUAAACAACAAAACUCUGCAUGCACAUACAGACUAGAUCUUCAUAACGCGGCAGGCUUUGACAGUGUACUGCAGCAUUAUUGCUAUUUAUAAUCGACAAUUACUAACACUAUAAUCCAGUAAACUUAGUGGUAGCAAUUACAGCAACAUAAAUAGCAAUCCAGAUGACUAAAGGCAUUGCUGUCAAUGCAGGUGGCAGCUAUAGCAUUAGAAAAAGAAGCUGGAGGGAAGAUAUCAGGACUCAAUAUGUGAGCUUGGGUCUGCUAGUCUUUUAUAUACCAUUUUUAAUAUACUUCCUGAAAUGAAGCUUCAGAAAGGUACACUGCCUCUUUAAAAUUAGUCUAGGAACUACAGGUAGUUCACAUUAUUUUUAAAAUAAUAAAUCUCUAUAUAUAUCUAUAUUAAAAUAUAUAUGUAUACAUAAGUUGGCUAGCCUACCUUGUGGAAAGGCUGCAGCUAAACUAAGUCUGAGCUAAUAUUGUAUUACCAUGGUCUUCUGGUUUGUAGAUAGCCCUUCCUUAUUAGAUGAGGUUCUGUUCUUGCUCCACAGAAGGUGCCUGUGUAUAUAACUCCUUUGUAUUGCUUUCUGCAGAGUCCCUUAUAUAUUUCUUACUACUAAUGCUGUGUAGAAAAGGAAAUCCAGAGAUUUUACUACUGAUAAUUAACCAUAUAAUGGCCAUUAGCAAAAUAAAGAUUUAGUUGUUUGGGAAACAGAUUAUUUAUAUUGUGUAUGGUUUAUUGCCUGAUAACUUGUUUGGUGACUGGAUAUUCUUUUCCUUCUCCUGGUCCUUUUCUGCUUUUUCCAGCUAUGGUGUUUACGCCUCACUUUGAUUAUCUAGCAGGCAAUAAAGUAUAUUGUAUGUUUUGAA